AUGGAUGAGGACUGUGCAAAUCCCCAGCUCCUCGGCUGGGUCAAAGAAUGGCUCGAUCUAGCCAAGGAGCGCAACUCAAAAGGGAUUACGACAUAUAAACGCGCUUACGACGCUCUCAAAGCAUGCCCCCUCACCUUUCAGCAUCCCUUUGAGCUUCAACAGCUCAAGGGUUUCGGCCCAAAGCUGUGCGAGCGGCUGGAGGAAAACCUCAAGAAGCAUUGUCAAGAGAAUGGACUGCCAAUGCCGGAACAUCCGCGGAUACGGAAACAGCGAGCGCAAGAGGCAGAAGGUGAUUCAGCACAGGGUGGCGAUAAACCCAAGAAGAAGCGUCAACCAAAGGCAUACGUGCCGACGCUUCGUUCAGGGCCGUAUGCGCUAAUCAUUGCGCUCGCUACCCUCUCAGAGGACGACUCGACGGGCCUCACCAAGGCGGAGCUCAUUGAAAUUGCACAGCCGCAUUGCGACGCGUCAUUUAGUGCUCCCAGUGAUCCUACCAAAUUCUAUACCGCUUGGAGCUCCAUGAAGACGUUGCUGCAGAAGGAAAUGGUGUAUGAGCGAGGUCGCCCACUUCGACGCUAUGCACUGACGGAUGAGGGCUGGGAAGUCGCGAAACGAAUUAAAAUAGCAAAUGGGAUGCAGACCAAUGCAGCCGAAAGCAGCGGCAUCACAAGAAAUGCUCCAGUGCUGCCACCUCCUGCAGAGCGAACACCGUCACUUUCGCCCGAGCUCGCCAUCAUAUCUGAAGCUCAACGGCUCGUGCGUGAUACAGUGGCAGAUGGCCCGCAAGCAGCCGACGAUAGCUCCAUUCCCGAGUUCUCGCCCGUCCGGCUUGCGCCUGGCUCAUUUUCAGUUCAUUUGCUUCUCGACGUGCGCGAAGUCCGCGCCAAGACGGAUCGCGACUACAUGCAGGAGGAGCUCGCCAAGCAGGGCGUCAAGGCCAUUAUGCGCAGCCUCGAGGUUGGUGACGCCCAGUGGAUCGCCAAAUGCAACGAUCCGACGCUCCUGGCCCGUCACGGCGCCGAAGGCGACGAGAUUGUCCUCGACUGGAUCGUGGAGAGAAAGCGCCUCGACGACUUGAUUGGCAGCAUCAAGGACGGCCGGUUUCACGAGCAAAAGUUUCGGCUGAAACGGUCCGGCGCCACGCGCGUCGUGUAUAUCAUCGAGGAGAUUGCUAUGGACUCUGCUUCGUACAGCCGCUACGAAGAGGCCGUGGAGUCGGCCAUUGCGUCGACGCAGGUCGUGAAUGGGUACUUUGUGAAGCGCACGGCGAAAAUGGACGACACCAUCAAAUAUCUUGCGCGGAUGACGCAAAUGCUCAAGUCAAAAUACGAACGCAAAGCGCUGCACAUUAUUCCCACCAAAGUCCUCACGGCGCAAAACUACAUGCCCCUCCUCACGCACCUGCGGGAAACGGAACCCGAGGUCAGCUACUACAUUACGUAUUCGGCCUUUGCGUCGCUGGCAAGCAAGUCGGAAACCAUGACGCUCAAGGACGUCUAUCUCAAGAUGCUCAUGACGACGCGGCGCGUGACGGGCGAGCGCGCUCUCGAGAUUCAGCGCAGGUGGAAGACGCCCUACGAGCUUGUCGACGCGUAUCGCCGCUGCGGCACGGGCGAGGCCGGCAAAAAGCGGAAAGCUGACAUGGUCUUUGCCGAGCUAGGCCAUCUCGUAGGUAAGAAAAAGUUUAGCAGAAACCUCAGCCAGAGCAUUGCAGAGAUUUGGGGCGACAAUUCGUGA